UUUCACGCGCUUCAUUUUGGUCGAUUAAGCCAUAUGUCGGGGAAGCCCCCGCCGCUCUCGGAGGAGGCCAAGGCGUCGCUCAAAUCCUUUGCCCGGUCGUCGAACACACUGGAUUCGUCAGCGAUAGCAUCGGCCGUAGCUCCGCGCUCGCCAUCGAUGGCGUCUCUUCUGCCGAGCGAGGUCCCAACUACCUCGGCUUGUGAGGCGAGUGGGGACGCCCGCCUUGAAGAGAAGGAUCGCGUCAUCGUGCUCUUGAACGAGACCGCGAAAGCCUUUCAGAUUGAAGUCGGCGCGCUCACACAAGAGGUGGCUCGGCUCACGUCGCAGCUGGACCAGCGCGACUUGACGAUCCAAGGUCUUGAGCGAGAGCUGCGAGAUACCGCGGCGUCCACGUCCGACCAGGUCAAAGCCUCGAGCGCGUUUCGCGCGCAGCUCCUUUUGCAGCAGUCGAUUGUGGACGAACUCAAGGCGCAAAUGGCCACGUCCGAAGCCGACUUUGACAGUCUGCGGACCGCGUUCGAGGCCAAAGACACGGCGUGUGCAGGGCAUCUCGCGGCUGUCGCCGAGGCCGAGACGCAGCGCACGAGUCUGCAGACCGAGAUCGACCGUCUCCACGUCCUAUUGCGUCGGUAUGAAAAAGCGCAGGCCGAUCGCGAGGCCCAGAAACCGAUAUUGGCCGAUGCAUGCUUGUCGGCGCGAGAUUACUCGGAGAAUCAACUCAUUUCGCUGCGCGACGACGCUAUCUCGGCCAAAGCAAAGGAGCUCGCGCUGGUGACGGCCGCCAACGACGCUUUACGGGCUCAGCUUGAUGCAGUCGAAGCCGAGGUCGACCAGCUGCAGAGCACGCUCAGUGCAAAGGAGAUGGAGUUUUACCGCAGUACACGCAAGAUUGAAAAGCUUGAGCGCCACGUGACGUCACUCGAGGCGAAUGCCAAGCAGGCACAAGGCCGCGAGUUUGCGAUCGAGCUCAGCACAAAGCAAAACACCCAGCUGCUGCAGUGUCUGCAAGCCCAAGAGGCUAAAACGGAAGCGCUGCAAGCCGAGGUUGCGGCGUUGACUCUGGACCUCCAGCAUGCAAAGGAAGCUUCGUCGUCGCUCAAGACCGCGUCGGUGGCCGUCGAGAUCGAGCUCCAGCUCAAGAGCAAGUCGGUGGAGCGGCAGUCGUCGUCGCUCGCGAGUACGCUGGAGAAGGUUCAGAGAGAGCGUGAAAAGUUCCGACUCGAAUUGACGGAGCUCCGGCACGCGACGCGUCUCGAGGUCGAGUCGAUUCAAGAGGAGCUCGUUCUUCGACGCAACAAGCAAUAUGAGCUCACGCUCAAGCUUCAAGAACGCGAGUCGGAAGUGCACGAACUUCGUCACGCUGUCGAGACCACACGCGAGACGCUCGAUGCCACAAGCGCGCGCAUGCUCCACGUCGAACGCUUGUACAACGACGCGCAGCGGUGGAAAGAGGACACGAAAGGCGUGCUGGACCGCGUCCAGGCGGCAUACGAGGCACUUCAAAAACAGUAUACAACCGACACGACCGAGCUCGCACAGCACCAAAGUGCACUGGAAGCACAAGUGCGCGAACUUCAAAGCUACAUUGAAAAACUGCAUAAAGACGCCCAAGAUGCCGUGGUGGCCACGAAGGCGCAUGCUCACGAGCUUGAGAGCGCGAAUGCCGAGAAGCAUCAGCUGCUUGAUCGUAUCCACCGCCUCGUGGCCGAGACGAACCGCGAGACGAAGUUGCGCGUGAGCACCGAAAUGGACUACAAGGUUCGCGCACGUCACGUUCACUUGCACUUGUAAUCCAUUCAACAUGAAAGGUCCUGCAAGAACAACUCAACCGUAUGCAGCACGAGUCCUCGACAGUGCUGCAAAGUUGCCAUCGUGACCAUGCGGCGCUCAUUGAGAAGAUGCAGCACCUCGAGGCGCAGCUCGACCAACUUCGUAGCGAGUGCUUGCUCGAACAAAAAGGGAAAAGCAAGCUCUUGUACCUUGCGUACGUGGCACCGGCCAGCAGUGAAAUCAACUUGAGCGACUGCUGGGUUUCGGAUGCCGAGCUGCCGUACAUCGCUGCCUACGUCAGUCGCACGGCCACCGAGAAAGGCUCUGCCAUUGGCAAAAUCGACUUGCGCGCCAACCGCGUGACGGACGCUGGGGUGCCGUCGCUCGUGGCGCUUCUAAAAGCCCCAGGCAUAGCCAAGGUGCUUCUCCAAGACAACUACAUUUCGCCCCAGGGCCUGCGCUCGCUCGCGGCUGGCAUCCAAGAUCUUGGCUACAGCGUCGUCGUGUCGGACCGGGGCGUCAUCGAAGGGUCGCUGCCCGAGGCAACCACGACACUGCUCGUCGACGUGAGCAACAACACCAAGGAUGCGGGCCUGCUCGUUCACCACCCUCAAGUUCCGGGGCUGCCCACGAUGAGCAAAUCGAAAUUGAAAAAGAUUACCAAGCCAACGAUACGAGAUCCACUCGAGAAUAUUUACGGCGUCGACCUUGUGCAGUCCCUCCUGGAGCGACGCAAGGAGUCCUCGAAAGGCGGCGGCAGUCCUCGGCAUCUCUCCCCCCGAGCGUCAUCUCUCCCAAAGCUCUAGUACACUGUUGCGGUAGUCCAUUCAUAUACCGUUGUGUCGUUGUGAAA